GCCCGUACGUUGAACGCGCGACGCGUAUCGCUCCCGCUCCAUCGAGGCUGUGCUCCUGCCUCUGCCUGGCAACACCCCGGCCACAUUUACCAUAGUUUUUUAACCUCUCUCCACAAUUUCCACCGCGUCGCAGUCUCGUGUCCCGUUCGGUUUUCCCGAUUUCCUCCUCUCUUUACUAUAAUGUUAACCUCUCGGAGUUGCGGAGCUUAAGAUUGUGCCGUUUUCGCUUAGUUCUCAUCAAUAACGAUUGUGUUGUUUUCUUGUCUUGUGAUCGCCGUAACAUACCCUGCGCCUCGCGUUGUUUUCGAUCGGCCCGCGCCGCACCCCGGCCUCUGUUUCAUCUCUUGGAAAUCAACCCAGUGCCAAUGAUCUUCUUUUGCCAUUUCGUUUAUGUUGAAUGAUGAUUUUGUAUUGAUACCGUGCUCAAUUUUCUACAAGUGUGUUUAUCAAACCCAAAAAAGUGCCGUUCUAUUGUUUUGAAAUAUUAAAUCGGGUCUUUCGGUGUUUUCGCCUCAUUUACUGUAAAUAAUCGUCCGUUUUACUUUUGUGUUCCCUUUCCGCUAAAGUCAUGAAUGCAGCUCGAUGCGUCGCUGUUGAAUCCGGUGCAAGUGCGGUUAUUUAGUGACCAUGAUUCAGAACAGGUGACACGGUACAAUGUUGUGCGUUCGGCGAAGGUGCAUUGCAGGUUGCCUAAUAUUAGUGCAAUGCCUUGUGAUAGCGGCUCAGGGCCCCGGCCCUGGACCGGCGAAAAAGCGAUCCCCGAUGAUACCGGGGGACACUCAAAUGCAGUCACGAGCAGUGGACACUAGGAUUCAAUUGGAUGUCUUGGAAGGUCAGCCCAGAGGAACCAUCGUCGGGUCCAUACCCAUCAAAUCAGGGUUCACCUAUCGGUUCAACGAACCGCCCAGAGAAUUCACCCUGAACUCAACCACCGGCGAAAUCCGAACCACCGUCGUGCUAGAUCGUGAACAGUUGGUCAACGACAGGUUCGAUCUGGUUAUUUUAUCUAGUCAGCCAACUUAUCCUAUAGAGGUUAGAAUUGUUGUUAUUGAUGUUAAUGAUAACGCACCUGAAUUUCCCGAACCUAGUAUAUCAGUCUCAUUCUCUGAAAGUGCAGCCGCUGGGACCAAACUACUGCUUGAUGCUGCCACUGAUAGGGAUAGUGGGCCAAAUGGAGUCACGGAGAACUAUAAGAUAGUUGCUGGCAACACCAAUGAAAAAUUUCGACUAGAAGUAACAGCAUAUGGAAAAGGUGAGGUAUUCACCUACCUCCAUCUCCAAACCACUGGCAAGCUGGACAGGGAAACUCAGGCUUUUUACCAGCUGAAUAUUUCUGCAGAGGACGGAGGAACGCCCGUUCGCCAUGGGUAUCUUCAAGUGAACGUAACCAUUUUAGAUGUCAACGAUAAUCCUCCAAUUUUCGACCACAGCGAUUACAGUGUCUCCUUGAAUGAAAGCGUGCCCCCUGGCACGAAAGCCCUGCAGGUUCUGGCCACCGACAGUGAUAUCGGAGAUAAUGCUAAAAUCACGUACUAUCUCUCCGAAAGUGAAAGAAAAUUCACCGUAGAUCCUGAUUCUGGUGAAAUUUUUACCUCGGAAAAGCUCGAUUGUCCGUAUCAAAACUGCCCCCAGACCUUGCAGCAGAAAGCCGGCAGUGGCUGCCCGAAGAGCUGCGUUUUCACCGUAUUCGCAAGAGACCACGGCUCGCCGCGGCAAGAUGGCAGAACCUACGUCACUGUGAACCUCGUCGAUGCCAAUGACCACAAUCCCAUGAUCAAAUUCAGAUACUUCCCAUCGACUGCGGGUCAGGCGACCGUUGACGAAAACGCUUUGAAUGGAUCAGUUGUCGCUGCUGUUUCAGUCGUAGAUCCCGAUGAGGGCUCAAAUGGUGAAACUACUGUUGAAAUACGGUCAGGAAACGAAAUGAAUCAUUUUAGAUUGGAGUCAACGCAGAGUUUUGACAUCGUUCGCGUUAAUGGUAUUUUAGACCGUGAGCACAUCAACAAAUACAAUCUAACCAUCGUAGCGACGGACAAAGGCAGUCCUCCCCGCACUGCAACAGCUUUCUUGAUCAUCCACGUGAAUGACGUCAACGAUCAUGAACCGGUCUUUGAAAAAAGUGAGUACUCCGUAAUUUUGAGCGAAUUGUCACCACCCGGAACCUACGUUGCCGGAAUCAAGGCUGCGGACGAAGAUUCCGGUGUUAACGCUGAAAUUUUUUACUCAUUUGUCUCAGGGAAUGAUCAGCAGUGGUUCGAUAUCGAUAUGCAUACCGGGCUUGUUGUAACGAAGAAAGCUCUGGACAGAGAAAAGCAAGGGACCGUCGAACUGAAAGUUUCAGCACGAGACGGGGGUCCGAACCCUAAAUGGUCUUUCACACAGCUCAAAGUAAUGAUUUUGGAUGAAAACGACGAAAGGCCGCAGUUCUCUCAAGAACAUUUGAACGUGAGUUUUUCUGAGAACACCCCUGCCAAUACACUGAUCGCUAUGCUGACAGCUUCAGAUCACGAUCAAGGCACAAACGGCAGCGUUACGUACGGUUUGUUGCCUGAAAUUGAACAGCUGUAUCCUGAUAUGUUUUAUCUCGAUUCGUUGACAGGCCAGUUAACCACUAGAUCGAAGCUGGAUAGGGAAGAAAUAUCUUCCUAUGAAAUCAAGGUCAUCGCCAAAGACCAGGGAAUUCCUCCCCAAUCUUCCACUGCUACAGUUUCUUUGAACGUGCUAGAUGUAAAUGACAAUAGCCCUGAAUUUUAUCCCUUGUUAUAUGUAAUUCGUGUGAAGGAAAAUACUGAAGUUGGAACAAGUAUUUUGCAAGUUGUAGCCACUGAUAAGGAUGAGGGUGAAAAUGCAGUAAUCAACUACGCGAUUGAGAGUGGCAGUGACGGAUUUUUUCAAAUCGACCCGAAAACCGGCAACAUCUCACUGAAAGCUCCUCUCACCAAGUCGUCGAAAAUUUUCUUCUCUCUGAGGGUCUCAGCCAGGGACAAGGGUGACAAGAAGGCGAUGGAAGAUGCCGUGGUUGAAAUAAUAAAAGAUGAGCAUGUGGAAAAUCUAGAGUUCGAUCACCCAACUGGAUACUCGUUUCAAAUCACGGAGGAUCACUCCAACGAAGAAACAGCAAUGAAGAACCGCGAAGUGGGUCGAGUGAAGGUGCGACUUGAGGGCCAGCAUAAAACUGAACCUCCCCGGUACAAAAUCGUCUUCGGUGAUCCAAAAAUGAAUUUCGAAAUCGAUGAACGAUCCGGAUUGAUUCGAACGGCCAAGUUGAUCGACCGAGAGGCGGUGUCAGCUUACAGUUUGAAUGUGAUAGCACGAUCGGGACUCAUGUAUGGCAAAACAUCAGUCAACAUUACGGUGCUCGACGUUAAUGACAACGAGCCAGUCUUCAUGCAGAAAAAGGAUCAAAUUCGAAUUCCGGAGAAUGCGGCCGUCGGACAGGAAGUAUUUCUCGCUCGAGCGAAAGACAAAGAUGCUGGCAUAAACAGUAGAGUAACGUACAGCUUAUCUUCCGACCCAGCCGACCAGUUUAGAAUUUUUGAAGCGACUGGAGUUGUCUCCUUGAAUCGGCCAAUACACGCGGAAGCAGGCACCGUGCUACAUCUUGAAGUAACAGCCACGGAUUCCGGUGAACCAGCACUAUCAUCCAAACAGUCUGUUUCUGUUAUAAUUGAGGAUGUAAACGAUCACACUCCAGUAUUUGACCAUACCUCUUACGAGACGUCUUUGUUGGAGUCCACUCCAGUGAACGACAGGUUCUUUGCCUUAGCAGCAUCUGACGCUGAUCUUGGCGAAAACGCCAAAAUAUCUUACACCAUUUCCGAAGGUAACGCAGAAGGAAAAUUCGGCGUUUUCCCAGACGGCUUCAUGUACGUGAAAAGUGCGCUAGACCGAGAAACGAGGGAUUAUUAUUCAUUAGUCGUAACGGCAACCGACCAUGGAAAACCGCCUCGCAGUUCCAUCGUUCCAGUCGUUAUCCACGUAAUCGACGAGAACGAUAAUCGCCCGGAAUUCACCAACUCCACGUUCAACUUCCGAAUCAAAGAGAACGAGCCGCCCGAUUCUUUCGUCGGCAAGUUGACCGCCACAGACUUGGACAUCGGUAGAAACGCCGAGCUUACUUUCUCACUAUCGGAUUCAAAAAACGACUUCGUCAUCGACCCGCGGAACGGCUUCAUCAAAACGCUACACGUCUUCGAUCGAGAAAACUUGAUCCAAGUUUCGGGUCAGAAUUUUGUGUCGUUCGAAGCCAUCGUCAGUGACAACGGCCUGACUCGGCUCCGCGACAAAGUUAGAGUGAACGUCUACAUCACGGAUGUGAACGAUAACGCACCGCAAUUCCUGAGGCAGCCCUACAAAGUUCAGCUGUCGGAAGGUUCCUCCAUCGGCACUCAAGUCGUGAGAGUAUUCACCACGGACCUCGACGAGGGGCUCAACGGGGAUGUUUUCUACCUACUUUCAAAAGGGAAUGAAGAAGAGUGCUUCGCGAUCGAUGAAGCAACCGGCCAGCUCAGCGUUGUAAAAAUGCUAGAUCGAGAAACAACGUCUAGAUUCGUGCUGCAAGUAAUCGCUCAUGAUGCCGCACUAAAUGGCCAGCUAAGCUCCACGGCAACAAUCGUUGUUGAUAUUCUCGAUGAAAAUGACAACGCACCAGAAUUCACCGAGACCGAGUCUAAAAUCUCCGUGCUCGAAAACACCCCGAUCGGCUCAAAGCUAAUUCAGUUCCAAGCUUCCGACGCAGAUCUCGGUGUCAACAGCGAAAUUGUUUUCUCGAUCGGAUCUGGGAAUCGACGUGACACUUUCCACGUCGAUCCGGUCACCGGUGCCCUGUUCUUGCAUAAGAAGCUCGAUUACGAGGAAAUAACGUCGUACGUCCUGAACAUAACAGCUUCCGACGGUGGCAACCCCCGACUGUCAACAACGAUCAUGUUCACCGUCGCCGUCGAGGAUUGCAACGACAACGCACCCGCAUUCCCGAACACGGCUUUCGUCCGCCAGAUCACCGAGAAUAUCCCUAUCAAUACACCCAUCACGGCCGCCACCGCCGAGGACCCAGACUCGAGCAUCAACGGGAAGAUCACCUACGCAAUCACGAAGCAAGAACCGGAAGACAUCCACCACCCUGGGAGAUUCCACUUCCAGAUCAACCCCAAAACUGGGGUCAUCCACACCCUCCUGCCCAUCGACCGAGAGCUGGUCGACACUUUCCGGCUCACUGUCUUAGCGACUGACCAAGCUUUACCCGAAUCCACUCGACUGUCGGCAGAAAAGCUCGUGACUGUCAUCGUCGUCGACGUUAACGAUAACGCACCCUCUUUCGUCUCGAUGAACGCUGCCGUCCUGCCAUCGCCCUCCAACGACAACCGGCUCGUCAUGAACGUUCUGGCUCGUGACCCCGACUCGAGCACGAACGGACUCGUCACGUACGAUCUCGUGAGCGGGAACACGGACCUGUUCCGACUGGACCGAACGACAGGUGCGGUGACCCUCCGGAACCCAAUCCGACACCCGGAACCGCGCUACCAAAUCGCCGUCAAAGCCACCGACGAAGCCGUCCAGUCGGAUAGGAAGUCCUCGGACGCCUACAUCACCGUCUUCGCCGUCGGCCCGAAAAACGGCCUGGUUUUCGAGAACGAAGAGUACGGUGCCAACGUCUACGAAAACCAGCCACCGGGCACCUCGGUCCUCACCGUUCGGGCCGAACUGAAGGAUAAUAAGUUCGCACAAAUCGAGUAUUACAUUACGAAUGUGACCGGCCAAGGAGGCCGGCAGGUUGAUCGCUUUUUCGACGUCGAUACCAAGUUAGGAAUAAUCUCUACGGCCGAUGUGUUGGACCGCGAAGCCGGAUCUGAUUGGUACAUUGUGGAGAUUUACGCCAUCGUUACCAACGCCAGAGAGCCUCAAACCGAAAAAACAAAGAUUCGCAUUACAGUUCUCGACAGAAAUGACAGCCCACCAUCUUUCGAGGGCAUGCUCUUAGAGUAUUCGGUUUCGGAGGAUAUUCCAAGCGGUCAGAUUGUGACAGUGCUACACGCGACAGACCCGGAUCUACCGGGCCCGAUAACGUACAGUUUGGUCUCCGGAGACGACGGUCAUUUCGAUUUGGAUUCCAUGACGGGAACGCUUCGCCUCAAAGAGGCACUCGAUAGAGAAACGAAGGAUGUGUAUAAGCUCAAAGUUAGGGCCAGUGAUGGAGUGCAAACGACCGACACCAUCAUAACUAUUACCGUGACGGAUACGAACGACAACGCGCCGGUUUUCGAGGAGGCGACGUACUCCUUCGACGUGCCGGAGAACUGGGUGCGCGGGGCGCGAGUGGGACAAGUGCAGGCCGUCGACGAGGAUCAGGACGUCAACGGCCUCGUCACGUACUCGGUCAUCUCCGACUGGGCCAACGACGUCUUCUCCCUCAACCCCCAGACCGGUGUCUUCACCCUCACCGCCCGGCUGGACUACGAAGAGGUGCAACAUUACAUUUUCGUAGUCCAGGCUCAGGACACCGGGAAGCCAAGCCUGUCGUCCACUCUGACGGUGUACUUCAACGUUCUCGAUCUGAACGACAAUGCCCCUCUAUUCGACCCGAUGAGCUACAGCAACGAAGUUUUUGAAAAUGCAACCAUCGGCACCAGUAUUGUUACCGUAACGGCUACCGACCUUGAUUCUGGGGAUAACGGGCGUUUGGAGUACAGCAUAAGUUCCGGCGACGACGAGGGAGACCUUUGGAUCGACCCCAACAACGGGACCAUCGUGACCCAGCGACUUUUGGACCGCGAGGUGAAAUCCCUCUACAAUCUCGUCGUCGUAGUCUCGGAUCAGGCCAAACCUCCCCAACAGAGACUAUCUUCCUCCGUCCAGGUGACGAUUCUUCUGAAGGACGUGAACGACAAAGCGCCGGAGUUCAUCACCCCGAACGAGACGGCCGUGUUGGAGAACAUCCCGAUCAACACGGUGGUGCUGGCCGUGAAGGCCAUCGACAAAGACGAGGGACGCAACAGCUACGUGGAGUACUCGCUGCUCCCGGAGGGCUCGGCCCAAGGGAUCUUCUCCCUGGGCCCCGUGGACGGGCUCCUCCGGGUCUCCGGGCGGCUGGACCGGGAGUCCCGGGCCAACUACACCCUCGAGAUCCGCGCCAAGGACCGCGGCGACCCGCCCAAGUCCACCCGCACCAAGAUCCUCGUCCGGGUCCUCGACGAGAACGACAACAGCCCCGUCUUCGACCCCAAGCAGUAUUCCGCCUCCAUCGCCGAGAACGCCAGUAUCGGCGCCAGCGUUCUUCAGGUGUCAGCAACGGACGAGGACGAAGGGAUCAACGGUCGCGUGCGCUACGCCAUCGUGGCCGGCGACGAGAACCGGGACUUCAUAAUCAGCGAGGACACGGGGGUGGUGCGCGUGGCGAAGAACCUCAACUUCGAGCGGAAAAGCCGCUACGUCCUGACGGUGCGCGCCGAGGACUGCGCCGGCAACUCAGAGGACUCGGUCCGCCACGACACGGCCUCCAUCGCCAUCUCCAUCUCGGACAUCAACGACAACCCGCCCACCUUCCUCGACUCCCCGUACCUGGCCUACGUCAUGGAGAACGUCAUCCCCUCGCCGAGCGGCCACGUCCUCACCGUCGCCGCCUUCGACGCCGACACGCAGCCCUUCAACGCCCAGGUCCGCUACUUCCUCAAGGAGGGCGACGCCGACCUCUUCCGCAUCAACGCCUCCUCCGGCGAGAUCACCCUCCUCAGGGCCCUCGACCGGGAGAAGCAGUCCGAGUACAUCCUCACCCUCGUUGCCAUGGAUACCGGAACUCCUCCGUUGACCGGCUCUGGAACAGUACGUGUCAUCGUCCAAGACUUGAAUGACCAUAGCCCGCAUUUUGAGCGCCAAAUGUACGCAACCGCCGUGAUGGAAAAUCUACCGGUUGGUACUUCCGUUUUCCAGGCUGUGGCCACGGAUCUGGACAGUGGACUGAACGCAAAGCUAAGGUACAGCCUGCUUGGAGACUACAUCGAGAGGUUUCAUAUUAACGAAACAAAUGGUCUGAUCACAACUACUACCAUUCUAAACAGAGAAGAAAUCAGUGUAUACUAUUUGACUUUGAUUGCUCAGGAUUGUAGUAUCACAGAGCCCCGUGCAACUGCUGUCAAUAUCACCUUGACCAUUUUGGACGAUAACGACAACGCACCUCAAUUCAGUAGUGGCCAUUACACAAUCCAUAUCUCAGAUCCAACUCAACCUGGUAACUUCGUAUUUGGUGCCAAAGCAACAGAUAAUGAUAGUGGGGCCAACAGUCGCAUUACAUACUUCCUGAGCGGUAAAGAUGCGAACAAGUUCUCCAUCAAUCAAGAAACAGGAGUAAUCAGAGCAGCAGAGGAGUUGCGUUCUUAUGAUCGAGACGAAGAAAGUAUGGUCUACCACGUUGAAAUCUUGGCUAAGGAUGGAGGGAAAGAGCCCAAAUCAGCGCAAGCAGCUCUUGUCAUCAAAUUAAAAUCAUCUCAUCUGUUCCCAUACAUUACUGCUCCAAAGAAAACAAAAUUUUCUUUGGCUGAAGAUGUGCCAGCCGGUAAAGUAAUCACAAAGAUUGCUGCCUCAUCACCGAAACAGGGAGGUGUAAAAAAUAUAAGAUUUGCCAUUGCUGGUGGUAAUAUCGGGAAUGCUCUCCGUAUGGAUGCAAAUACCGGUGAGGUUUUAGUUGCAGGCAGUGGUUUGGACUAUGAAACAUCCUCUCAGUAUGAAGUGUGGGUAGAGGCAAGAGAUUCAGACACGCCACCCCUUCGUUCUGUCAUUCAGUUGCUGAUCAAUGUCACAGAUGCGAAUGAUAAUGCUCCAAUUAUUGAAUCAAGUUUGUACAACCUAUCAGUUCUGGAGGAAGAAUUUCCCCAACAAAAAGUGGUAACCAUCAGAGCACAUGAUGUUGAUUCUGGCUUGAACGGGAAAAUAAGCUAUCGCCUGAAUGAUGAUAGAGAAGGUGCAUUUUCCAUUGAUUCGGAAACUGGCGAGAUUUUUACCAAUAUUAGACUAGAUCGAGAAGAAAUCUCAAGUUACGAGUUGAUAGUCGAGGCAUUUGAUCAUGGAACUCCGCAGCUAACUGGCUCCUCCACUGUUUUGGUGAAUGUCCUUGAUAAGAAUGACAAUCCUCCUAGAUUUACAAGAUUAUUCAGUGUGAAUGUCACAGAAAACGCUGAGCCUGGAUCCUUUGUCAUCAAAGUAACCAGCUCUGAUCAGGAUAUUGGUGAGAAUGCAAAUGCCACGUACAGCUUCACAGAAAAUCCUAGUAGAAAAUUUGCUAUUGAUCCCCUUACGGGUAAUGUUACAGUGAUCGGACACCUAGAUCGGGAAACUCAAGAUGAAUAUCUGUUAAAGGUUGCUGCGGUGGAUGGUUCUUGGAGAGCUGAAACACCACUCACAAUUACAAUUCAAGAUCAAAAUGACAAUGCACCAGAAUUUGAGCACUCUUUCUACAGUUUCAACUUCCCUGAGUUGCAGCGCAACAUCGUUUUUGUUGGCCAAGUUAUCGCUACUGACAGAGAUAAGCAAGGACCUAAUUCUGUUAUCUCCUAUUCUUUAAAACAUCCGUCUGAUCUCUUUUCAGUUGACCCUGCAAGUGGAGAAAUAUUCUCAAAGAGGACCCUAAAGUACAAAUUUUCUGGAAUGGAUUCAUCUCCUGAAAAUCAGUAUCCGUUCACCGUUGUUGCUACAGAUAAUGGGAAACCUCCAAUGUCCUCUGAAUGUUUAGUAACUGUGAAUGUGGUAGAUGCUAACAACAAUCCACCAAAAUUCGAGGAAAAAGAGUAUUUUUCACCAGUUCCUGAAAGUUUAUCCAUCGGACAAAAUAUUUUACAAGUUAAAGCUGAAGACAAACAAGACUAUGGGAUCAAUGCUGAAAUUGAAUAUUUUAUGAUCAAUGGAACUGACACUCCUUAUUUUAAAGUGGACAAACACACCGGUUGGAUAUCUCUCAGCAAAUCACUGGACAGUUCCAUCAUCGGCAAAAAACAAUUCUCCUUCACCGUCAAGGCAGUUGACAAAGGAGUACCACCCUUGUCUGAUACAGCGAACAUCAAUUUGAUCGUUGCAGGUGAAAAUAGGCAUGCACCAGUUUUUACUGUUCUCAGCUACCAGGUGAUAGUGCCGGAGAAUGAGCCUCUUGGCACAGUGAUUGUAACAUUAAAUGCGACAGACAUGGACGAUGGUCCAAACGGAAUUGUUAGGUAUGCAAUUUCAAGCGGCAACAACAAGAAAAAGUUUGCAAUUAAUGCAACAAGCGGAGCAAUAUCUAUUGUUGAAGCUCUCGAUUUUGAUACUGAAAAUGAGUAUCAUUUAAACAUCACAGCUAAAGAUCUUGGAUUCGAACCAAAAGAAGCCAAGGGAAUGUUAAACAUUAUUUUGACGGAUGUAAACGAUAAUCCACCAGCAUUCAAUCAAACGUCCUAUGAAGCUUAUGUGCCAGAAAACUCGCCUCCGAAAACGGUCAUUUUUCAAGUCAAAGCGCAUGAUAUUGAUUCACCAAAAAAUGCCAUCAUUCAGUAUUCUAUUGUUGGUGGAACCGGGAAGGAUUUAUUCACUAUUGAUGCGAGUAAUGGUAUCAUCAUCUCGAAGCAACCCUUUGAUUUCGAAGAGAAAAAUCUAUUCACUCUUGAUAUUUUAGCUGUCAAUCCCGACUCGCCAAUGUUCGGCUCAACAAAAAUAUUUGUCCAUGUGACAGGUGUUAAUGAAUUUUAUCCUCGUUUUAAUCAAUCCGCAUUUCACUUUGAUGUUUCUGAAUCAACAGAGGUUGGAACAAGCAUUGGAACAAUUCAAGCUAUUGAUGAGGAUGGAGGAGAAGAUGGCAAAGUUUACUAUUUACUUGUCGGUUCUAGCAACGAUAAAGGGUUUGCAAUAAAUCCUGUCACAGGUGUCCUCUCUGUAUCAAGACGUUUGGAUCGUGAGACUCAAAAUCGGGUGAUUCUCACUAUUAUGGCAAAGAAUCGGGGAGGCAUCCGAGGCAAUGAUACUGCUGAGGCUCAAGUAACUGUUAUAAUCCAAGACGGUAAUGAUCCACCUGAAUUUCUUGAACAAGUUUAUGAAACAAAAUUAUCUGAAGCUGCUCCAGUUGGCAGUAAAGUUAUAACUGUCCGGGCCACAGACAAGGAUGUCAAACCACAAAAUAAUCAGUUCAGUUAUUCCAUCAUUGGUGGCAACAGCGAAAGAGCAUUUAAAAUAGAUGCUCAAAACGGUGAUAUUGAGACCAUUUCGAUCCUUGAUCGUGAACAGGUUUCCUCCUAUGAGCUAAUCAUUGGUGCUAUAGAUGUUGGAUCUCCACCAGAAACAGGCAGUGCAACAGUGAAAAUAACUAUUACUGAUGUCAAUGAUAAUGGGCCAAUGUUCGACCCACCAAAUGUUGUCGGUUAUAUAACUGAAAAUGAGUUGCCGAAUACAAGUAUAAUGACUCUCAAUGCUGUCGAUGCAGAUCUUCCUCCUAAUGGUGCCCCUUUUACAUAUCGUCUUGUGGGUGGUAGACAUAAAGAACUGGUCUCAAUUGAACCCAAGACAGGAGUUGUGAAGACAACCAGAGUUAUUGACAGAGAGUCAACCCCACAAAUCGAUAUUUUGGUGUCUGUGGAAGAUAGCGGAGAACCUCGAAUGAAAUCUGUGCAUCCCAUUUCAAUUACAGUGCUUGACCAAAAUGAUACACCAUCAUCUCCUCGCUCAGUCCUCGUUUUAAUCCAUGUUUUCAACGACAUUUUUCCUGUCGGUAAAAUUGCAGAUGUUCACCCAAAUGAUCCUGAUUUAACCGGUGACUAUCAAUGUAAACUAAUGAAUUCUCCUGCUGCGAGAGGAGUGCUUAGUAUUUCCUCUGGAUGCAGUCUCCAAGCAUCACAAAUAACUCCAGGAACAACAUACACGUUGAGUGUCUCAGGAAAUGAUGGGAAGCAUGCUGAUGUGUUGUCAACAGUGACUGUCGAAUUCCUCUCAUUUUAUAACAGCACAAUUGAAAAUAGUUUAACCAUUCGCAUUGAAAAUAUAACAGCAACUAAAUUUUUGGCUCAUCAUUACAAGGGAUUCAUUGAUAUUUUGAAAUCAAGUUUUGACGUUGGUGAUCAGCCUUACCUAUACAGUAUGCAUGAAGUUGAUAAUGGACUAGAGUUGACCUUUGCUGUUAAAGAAUCCAAAGGGUAUAAAAAUAAGGCCAAAGUAACUGAUAUUCUGAUAAAGAAGCGUGAUGUUCUUCAGCAGUUGGUCAAUAUGUCAUCUGUUACCGUUGGGUAUGCUCCAUGUCAAAGCCACAGUUGUGAAAAUAAUGGUGUAUGCACAGAGAGCAUCCAGGUUUUAGAGGAUACAAGAAUUACAGACAGCCAACCCUUGAUAUUCACCUCACCUCUGGUGAAACAUGACUAUGUUUGCCGUUGCAAUGAUGGUUUUAUGGGGAAGCACUGUGAAAAGCGACAAGACCCUUGUCAUCCGAAUCCUUGCAUGGCAGGUGGAACAUGUACCCGCAACAGAUAUGAUUUUACCUGCACGUGUCCUCCUAUGCGUGAAGGCAAACAGUGUGAAUUAGAACGGGGAGACGCCUGUAGUGGGAAUCCUUGCAAAAAUGGUGGCUCAUGCAAAGAAAGUCCUGACGGAUCCAGCUUUUUCUGUCUAUGUCGCCCAGGUUAUCGUGGAAAUCAGUGCGAAACAAUCACCGACUCCUGCCGCCCAAACCCAUGCAUGAAUGGAGGUUUGUGUGUGAGCCUCAAACCAGGCUAUAAAUGCAGCUGUCCUAAUUCUCUUCAUGGACGUCAUUGUGAAAAAUGGACCUAUGGUUUCAAAGAGCUUUCGUACGCUAUCUAUCCACCCCUUGAUGCUAGCACUAAUGAUAUUUCAAUGAUUUUUGCAACCACAAAACCGAAUUCAUUACUGAUCUACAACUAUGGAGCUCAAACUGGUGGGCGCUCUGAUUUUGUGGCUUUGGAAUUGGUGCAUGGUCAGCCUGUUUUUUCAUAUGGUGGUGUGAGGACUGCUGUGACAUCUGUAACAGUACCUCUCUCAGACCGAUCCUUGGCAGAUGGAGAAUGGCAUAAGAUCACUGCGACACGUAACGGGCGAGUCAUCAGUCUCAGCGUUUCUAGAUGCACUGAGAAUGGAGAUACCUGUCAGGAAUGCAAGCCAGGAGAUGUAUCCUGCUAUGUUGAUGAUAUGGGACCAGCAGGGACAUUAAACUUCAAUAACAAUCCUCUCUACAUUGGUGGCUUAGUUUCUGCAGAUCCCAUUUUAGAAAGGUCUGGCCAGAUACUCUCUGACGAUUUUGUUGGCUGCAUCCACAGUGUAACAAUCAAUGGAAAGGCCCUCAAUUUAAGUGAUCCCAUCAAAUCAAGAGGAGUUGACCCAAAAUGUGGAAGGUCUUUGCAAAGCCCCUGUCAUCGCGGCUCAAAUCUCUUGAAUUUGGAAACUUCUGAAGCGACUAUUCAAUCGUCCGUUUGCGGAGCUUUUGCAAAAUGCCAUGACAAGUGGCAUACUGUGACCUGUUCUUGUGGUAACUCAGAUCUCAUCUCUCCAAAUUGUAAUGAGGCUCUGGAACCAAUAACGUUAUUAGAUGGUGGCUACAUAGAGUUCAAAAUUUCUGAAAAUCACCGCAGGAUGCAUCUGUUGGAGUCAAUUUAUGGUGGCUCAACGCAAUGGCACACAAGUGCUCUGAAUGACUCUCGCGUUUUGAACAAAAGCAAAAGAUUCUCACCUAAUCUUUCUGCCCUGGCUCUGCAGUCAUUCCUUACUCCUGGUGUAUCACAACCUUCGAAACGGAUUAGUCUCAUGUUCCGAACAACAAAGCGAGAUGGCUUGCUCAUCUAUAGCGCUUCAAACAAAGAUUUCACAUCAGUUGAGCUAAUCGGUGGCCACAUUGUUUACGUUUCACAAUUGGGAAUUGCCAGUGCUUCUGUUAAUAUGACUGUAUCUGACAAUGAGGAACUCUCUGAUGGACAGUGGCACAACCUCACGCUCUCAUCGCAAAAUAGAGGCCUCCGUAUAAUCUUGGACGGAGAAAAAGUUGGUGAAGAAUUAGAUUCUGCCGGUAUUCAUGACUUUCUUGAUCCGUACCUGACAGUUCUAGCUAUUGGAGGAGUUCGGAGAGAAAUUCUGAGCAGCCCUGAUGUCAUCUCACAAAGUUUUUCUGGUUGUCUUGCAAAUUUCACCGUCAAUGGAGAGUUACAACCAUUCAAUGGCUCCGGCAGUAUAUUUCCCGAAGUUUUCACCCACGGAAAAAUUUCUCAAGGUUGCGACAAUCCUGUCGGUGUAGGAACAGCUGCCAUUCCUGAUCCACUCAACAUUGGAAUCACUCUAGUCAUAUUCUUCUUCAUAAUAUUAUUUGUUGCAAUUCUAGUGAGCUUUGUGGUUUUCCGAUUGCGCAAACAGAAAAAGGAAAAAAGUGGAGGUGGGCACCCAAAACAGAAUGGGGGCACCACAUUGGUAACAGGCGGUGGUCUUGGUCCUGGUGGAGACGUUGGCAGAACAAGUCUUCACGAUCAAGGAGUGCCUAGCUACAUCACGGAGAAUGGCGAUAUCAUCCGAGGAGUUGCAGGCCAUCACUUGGUUGGCCCUGAGCUAAUUUCAAAACGUUACAAAGAUCAGGACGCCAUUAAUGAGAUUCAAAGGCCUCAACGACCUGACAUCAUAGAACGGGAGGUUGUUGGGAAAUCGCCACCUCCUCGCGAUGACCAUCACCCACCGCCACCCAUCCAUCACCCUUUGGAUCAGCCGUCGGUUAUAAGUGUCGACUCUGAAAUGCCGGAGCAUUAUGACCUGGAAAAUGCAAGCUCUAUUGCGCCGUCUGAUAUUGACAUCGUUUAUCACUACAAAGGGUAUCGAGACGGUGGGAAUUUAAGGAAGUACAAACCUAGUCCUCCACAUCUACCACCUCCAUCUGCACCUUCAUAUCAUAAACAUCAAGGUCAAGGACACAGGCACUCACCGCAUCAUUUUCCUCCGCACGCGCCAAGGGAUAGUCCUCGUUCGGUUGUGCCACCACCUCCUGUUGCGCGAGUGGAGUCUCCUCAACAUCAGAGUACUCCUCUGGCGAGGUUGAGUCCUAGUAGUGAACUUAGUCAACAAAUGCCACGUAUCCUCACACUUCAGGAUAUAAGUGGCAAGCCAUUACAAUCGGCACUUCUAGCUACAACGUCCUCGUCUGGCGGUGUAGGAAAAGAUGCUCUGCACAGCACAAGUGAGCGUAGUUUAAAUAGUCCUGCUAUGAGUCAACUGAGUGGCUCCUCUAGUCGUAAAACACCUGGAGCCGCUCUAACGGCUGAAGAGAUCAACAGGCUAAACUCUCGGCCGAGGACCUCCAGUUUAGUAAGUACUUUAGAUGCUGUAUCCACCGGACCAGGCCACCAUUUACAUGUUCCCAACAACGGUGACAACCACAGCUCAACGUCAACCGAUGAGAGCGGCAAUGACUCCUUUACCUGCUCAGAAAUAGAAUAUGACAAUGGUAAUGUGAUAAGUGAAAAACUUAGUGACGUAAUUUUUACUAAGCUAAAUGCUGAGGAUGAUAUGGACAGGGGCCGAGGGAGAAAUAGUGGUAGCGGCACGCCAAAUAAGCCAUCAUUACCCUCGGCCUAUGAUGAAUUUGAUUCCUCAUUUCGAGGCUCGCUCAGCACAUUAGUAGCAUCAGAUGAUGAUCUGUCCCAUUUGGGAGGGCCAAUGUAUAGGCCGCAAAAUGGCUCUCCUUCCUCAAUACCAACAGCUCUUGGGUGGGAUUAUCUGCUCAACUGGGGACCCAACUUUGAGAGUCUAGUAGGAGUGUUCAAAGACAUAGCAGAAUUACCCGAUUCUGUUAAUGGUAGAGUUCCCAAUUCUCUUAGGUUAUCAAAUAAUUCGUCAAAACAAUCUGAGGAGUACGUUUAAGUCCUAUGAACUUUUUAGAUGCAAUUUGUACAAAUUUUGUUUGUUUGUUAAUUUAUUUGGAAUAUUGUAAAUAUGAUGUGUAGACCCCUAGGAAUUGCCAAUUUUGUCAAAUAUUGUAAAAUUACAGCUAAGUAAAUUAGAAAUUUUGUAAAAAUUGGAACUUCAUUUUCAAGUUGCACAAGCUUUAAAGAUUGUCUGUAAAUAAGAUUCUUUCAGAAACAACUGGAUGAGAAAUAUUUUUAAUUUGAUGCGGGAAGAAAAUAACACUAAUAUGCGAUUCCUGCUCAUUGAACGAAAGGUUUUAAAACAGUCAGUCCCCUCUUAGCUAAUUACGCUUAAAAAAGAACCUCUCUCCUGAAGAGCUUUCCUUUGCAGCCGUUCCUAAUAUUCUUGACAGACAAAACUUGAAAAUCAAGUUUCAAUCCCCCCACUGUAUGAUGUGUGUUACUAUUGUGGACUGCUUUUGUUUAACUGAUGUAUAGUGUUAAUUUGUAUAUUUCAUUUUUUGCAUUUUCCGAAAUUUUGACUGAUAGUGUAGUUUUUAUUUUAAUGACAUUUUUAUCAUUUGAUCACCAUUAUCAGGGAUAUUGUAAUGUACAGCUCUCGAAUGUAAAGUUUGUACAAAUCGUUUUAUGACAUGAUUGAUGCUUACAUUAUCGAAACUCAAGAAAGCUCAUUUCUCUUCUUAUUUUUUUUUAAAACCACUAAUUCUAAGUUACGUACUUAGGUGAUACAUUCUGAAGAUUGAAUGAGUCAAGCACCAAGAUGUACCUAAGUAUACCAUGUAUACUAAUUUAUGAAAUUUCAGUGAAUGUGUAUUUUAACCUUUGUAAAGGUUCUUUUUUCAUUUAUUUAUUUAUUUUUUUUUUUCAUGUUUAAGGUUAUGCAUUUGACGUUUAUAAGUACAAGAUGAAUUGAAAGUAAAAUUAGCAAUCCAAACAACUUCAGAAGAAUAAUAACAUUCCUGUUUUUUCCUGUUGAUUCAUUAUUUCACUGGAUGCUUUUUUUUCAGCUGAAAUAUCUAUGGCUACUCAUAAAAAAACGCCUGGGUACCAUAACUUGCAACAUUGCAAGUUUGUCAUCCUUUAUAUUUCAAGUACAAGACUGAACACCAAUCUUAUGCCUUAGUAAUUUCUAUGUUUUCCUUUGCUUACCGACGAAUAUUCUAUGUUCAUUUUCAGAAGUAGUCAGUCUAUCCUUCUGGUAGAAAUUACAAUUGAGAUUUGCAGAUAAAAUGGAAUUAAGGUACUAGUUUUUGCAGUUUAGCCAUUGAUUUAUUAUAACUAGUUUACUAAAAAGAUAUAAUGAUAAAGAUAAAAUAUAACCAUUUUACUUUUGAAAAUAAUUGAAUUUUUCUCACUGUAAAAUAGGUUGCAUUGGUGCACUGAUAGAUACUGCGACUUAAUUGACAUGUUCACUGUAAGUUUGCUCAAACUUUCUUGAUGGAAAUUUAAUAUGUUGUUCUGAGAUAUUCUGUGUGCUUUCAUAUUCUCUUUAUUGUGCCAUCCAGUUUUGGCUUUCUUUCAACAUUGAAAAACAAUUAUCAUGUUGUUCAUAAUCAGUAAUUUGGCUGGAGAAAAAUUUAAGUUAUUAAGGGUGUCCCAAAAGUUCCCGGACUGAUACUGUUAUUCUAGAUCUAAGAUAGCUAUUGAGCUGAUCUCGGUCUCAUUUUAAAUUUUUAGUUGCUUCUGAUCAACUGAAACAAAAAAAUAGUACAUAAUUCAAGAAGCAGGUUGACGUCAACACCAAGAGAGAUAACAUAAAAUUUAUGAUUGCCUUUUUUGGUGCAAAUUACCUAAGCGUCAGUAAAAACCUGUAUGUGGCACUUAUACUCCCUUCCUACAAACCCUCAUACCUUUGUCAAUUUUUGGGCAAAUGCUGUGAUUUUAUUUGAUCAGGAAUAAUGUAAGUUUGAAAAUGAGACCAAGAUCAGCUUAGUAACAACCCUGAUUCCGGAAUUACAGCAUUAUUACAGGAACUUUGGGGGCACCCCAUGUACAAUUGAAUCCUGCCUAUUGCCGCUUUGACAGUGUUCCUUUUUUUUUUUGUAAGAACAUUUAACGUACUUAACAGUCAGACAGUUUAUGAGUACCCAAGUAAUUUUUGCAUAAUGGGUUGUCAUAUUUCUGGCCAAAUUCUCUUCAUCUUGCCAUUCCUUUCACUUAAAAGACUGGUGCUCAUUUUUUAACUAACUGAAAAUGAGCCAUUUUAUAGCGAUCAGAAUUAGUAAUAGGUAGUUUAUAAAAAGUAUCAAUUUAAAAUUAGAUUAAGAAUUGCUGUUUAUUUUAAAAAAAAUGAGUUGUUCUUACAGCCCCGGUCUUCACAAUUCGGUCCUUACAUUUAAAUUUAAGAAUAUAACUCUCUGGUAGUGUCCUGGAAAUUAAUUUAUGACUAGAAGUUCAUUCAAACUGCAAUAAAAGAGGUAAAGCAUUGGAUUAAAAAUUUCAGUAAUUCAUGAACCACGCAAACUUGCUCCACGAUUUUUAUUUUAUUUAUUUUUUUCAUAUAUUACUAUUAUAUUAUUAAUAUUAUUUUUUAAAUCAGUCUAAUAAUUGUUCUGCUGUGAUCUAAAAUAGAUUUUGUUUUCAUAAGUGAAUGAUACCUGUUCAUAAUUUUGUCUGUUCAUACAUUUUGUUCAUUUAAUUUUAGUUUGACUUAGAGGUAUAAGUAGGUUUGUAAAAAAGAAAGGCAUGCUAUUUUUUUAAAUGAAUGUGCUGUUCAAAUUUUUAACUUGCGACUGAUAACAUUACCAUUGCUUUUGAUAAAAAAAAAGAAAGAAACAUUAUGAAUGCAGCAGUUAUGGCGCCUUCUGUAUCACUAACUUUAGUAGGUAUCACUUUGCCACAAAUAUUUGAAGUAUUUAUUGCGAUGCAAUUCUAUGUAAACGGGGCAAUUUUUGUAAAAAUGCAAAAUUUAUUAUUUUUCUUAUCUUCUGUAUAUUUAAGAUCAUACUGUGUAAUUUGUGAAAGAGGAUGGUACAGGCACUCUGUAUAAUAUUCCUCUAAUAUUUUCUUUUUUAGAAGUCUCUGGAAUUAGCUUAAAGGGAAGAGGACUUCAGUAAUGGACAGAUGGAAAGCCCAUGGUGGAAAAAAAAAUGUUUACAUUAGUAGUAGAACCUCGUUUUUAAAAAGAUAAUACCUCAUUAAGUAUUAGAGACAUAUAUUUCAGCUCCUGGACAAUUAUUAGUUUGUGCUGAACUCUAGUUCAACUAGCACUCUAGUGCAUUCUAUGAACAUCACAAGGAGACCCUGUAACAAAAUUUACUCUUUCACAGUUACGUUGUGUAAAUACAUUCCGAAGAUUGGACAGAGGUAUUUUGAAGGUGCAAAAUAAAUUGACAGGUCAAUUAAAACCCUUUUAUCAAGCUCUGAAUUGUCAUUAUUGUCGAUUACAAUCAGAUCCUCUAAUUAAGUUACCAGAUUUUAUUGUAGAUUAAAAAAACUAAAUGCAAUGAAGCCCUUUAAGGAAGCAUGCUUUGUAAUCUUCAACAUAAUGGCAAAAUUCAGGAAUUCUUCUAUAAUUCAAAGGGAAGAAAAUUUCAAGCACCCAUAUUCUUCUGAUUGUAAUAGGUAACUGUACUGAAAAAAGGGAUAAUUUAGAAGAAAAUACAAGGAAGGGAAAAAUUUACAAUAAGACAAAAUGUACUAUGGUAAGUGCUUGUACAGUGAAAGUGGUUGAUCUCAACUGACCUUUGAAAGUGUAGAGCUGUCUGCUUUGAGUACAUCAUCAUUUUAUCAAAGUAGUUUUUGGGGGGGGGGGGCAAUACCGAAAUAGUUUGAACAUCUCUGACAUCAUUUGUUCCUCUGUGUUGAAAAGGUUGAAGUGCCAUGACAACUUGACUCUCCACCCUUGUCACCCAGCGAGCGUUCUAUUUGACACUAAACUUUUCUCUUUUGACAAGGAAUUCUAAAUUAGAAUUCUCUUUUUAUUUUCGUUUCCGCGUCUUCUUCAAUAAAAUUUACAAGCCACAUUCAGAGAAAAAUUAUGGCAGUAUGUAUGUAUAUUAUACCUACUGCCUUUGGUAUAUCCAACGUAUGAAGCCCAUCAUUUGAUGAUUAGUAAAGUCAAAAAAAGCACUUAAAAUUUGCCUCCUUUCCCUCUGGAUUGGUUUGAAGACCUGAACGUGGAAAGUGAUCAUUAUUUUCUCGUUUCAUUCAUCUGAUGUUUUGCAAUUUUUCUCCUUUGGCGGAAGAGUUCAAUUUUAAUACUGAGAAUCCUAAUAGAAGUUAACAUUUCUGCUGCAUUCAUUUUAGUUUCUGAUUUGUAAAAUUUUACCGGAGUACAAUCUUGUGAUUUCACCACGCAAUUGGUAUAUGGAAAGUUCAAUGCAAUGUAAAUUGUACUUAACUGUAAAUUGUAAAGUCUUUACUUCAUGUAUAGGUACCCAUAUUUGUUAAAAUAUAAAACUAUUUUUGAAUUUUUUGUCCUGUAGAGUAUUGAAGCCAUGCUGCUGUGCCAAAUAUUUUGUAAAUACCAUCAUUAUUCAAUGUCGCCAAGUGUUUUAUUAAUAAUUUUUAUUAAAAAAUUAUUAAUUCAUAA